CAGCCGUCCCACAGUUACUCUUGAGCCUCUGACCAACCACAGGGGCAAAGCCCUGUCAUCCCCAGGAUCCGGUCACCAGGGAAAAGGACAGGGAGACCAGAAGAAGGCCAGCUGGGGCCAGGGGGCGGAGGUUCAGGAAGCAUCUGAGAGGGGCAGGGACCAAGUACAGGAGGCCAGGGGCCCAGAGAACAGACUCCCCUCAGAAGUGCAGAAGAGGAGAGCGGAAGGAACCGAGGGAGGGACAGACAGGAGCCUGAGGAGAAAAGAGGAGGGGGAGAGGGGUCAGGCCCAGCAGCCAAGGAGGAGGCCUGUGACUGGGGGCCGCCGGCAGGAAGCUGAGGACAGGACUGAACCAAAGUGUGUUCCCCUUUAGCAGUAACAGGCAUCCCGUGGGGCUGGGCAGGCGCCAGUGGUGAGAUGUGCCUCUGAGAACCACAAGGAGCACCCGCCAUGGCUCCCAGCACCCUCUGGAGCUACUGCCUCUGCUGCCUGCUGACCGCAGCCUCAGAGGCUGCCAGCUACCACCCUCGAGGCUACAGCCUUUACACAGGGAGUGGAGGGGUUCUCAGCCCUGGAGGGCCCCAGGUCCAGAGCUCACCCCGGCCUGCCAGCCGCCACAGGAACUGGUGUGCCUACGUGGUGACCCGGACAGUGAGCUGUGUCCUUGAGGAUGGAGUAGAGACCAUAGUCAAGCCGGACUAUCAACCCUGCGGCUGGGGCCAGCCCCAGUGCCCCCGAAGUAUCAUGUACCGCAGCUUCCUCCGCCCUCGCUACCGUGUGGCUUAUAAGACAGUGACGGACAUGGAGUGGCGAUGUUGCCAGGGGUUUGGGGGCGAUGACUGUGGGGAGGGUCCUGCAGCUGCCCUGGGCCCUGCUGCCUCUACACCACACCCCCGAUCUCGGCCUGCCCGCCCCAACCUCUCUGGCUCCAGUGCAGGCAGUCACCUCAGUGGACUAGGGGGAGAAGGUCCUAGGGAGUCUGAGAAGGUACAACAACUGGAGCAGCAGGUGCAGAGUCUGACCAAGGAAGUGCAAGGCCUUCGAGGUGUCCUGCAGGGACUGAGUGGGCGCCUGACAGAAGAUGUGCAGCGGGCUGUGGAGACUGCCUUUAAUGGGAGGCAGCAGCCAGCAGAUGCAGCUGCCCGCCCUGGCGUACAUGAAACCCUCAGUGAGAUCCAGCACCAGCUGCAGCUUCUGGACAACCGUGUCUCCACCCAUGACCAGGAGCUAGGUCACCUUAACAACCAUCACAAUGGAGGCAGUGGUGGAGGCAGCAGGGCCCCAGUCCCUGUCCCAGCACCUCCUGGCCCUAGUGAGGAGCUGCUGCGGCAGCUGGAACGGCAGCUGCAGGAGUCCUGUUCUGUGUGCCUGACAGGGCUAGAUGGCGUCCGCCUACAGCAGCAGGAAGACAGAGAGCAGUUAAGAACAUUGGAGAAGCUACUGGCCUCUGUGGAGGAGCGGCAGCGGCAGAUCAUGGUACCUGCCAUGGCCCGCAGGCCCCCUCAGGAAUGCUGCCCUCCGGAACUGGGCCAGCGACUGGCAGAGCUAGAGCGAAGGCUGGAUGUAGUAGCAGGCUCUGUGACGGUGCUGAGUGGCCGUCGAGGCUCUGAGUUGGGAGGAGCCGCUGGGCAGGGAGGCCACCCUCCAGGAUAUACCAGCCUAGCCUCCCGCCUCUCUCGUUUGGAGAACCACUUCAACUCUACUUUGAGUCCCUCAGAGGAACAGGAGGAGGGCUGGCCUAGAGGUCCAGGAGGGCUGGGCCACUGGGUGCCUGCUGCUCAGGGCCGACUAGACAAGCUAGAGGGUCUGCUGGCCAAUGUGAGCAAGGAUUUGGGUGGACGCCUGGAUCUGCUAGAAGAGCAGGUGGCAGGGGCCAUGCAAGCAUGUGGGCAGCUCUGCUCCAGGGCUACUGGGGAGCAGGAUUCUCAGGUCAGUGAAAUCCUCAGUGCCUUGGAGCGCAGGGUGCUGGACAGCGAGAGUCAGUUACGGCUGGUGGGUUCAGGCUUGCACAAAGAGGGAGCAGCUAGAGAGGCCCAGCAGGCCAUGCUGGAGGGAUUGCAGGAGGUCGUGGGCCGGCUUCAGGAGCACAUGGAUAUCCAGGAGGAGACAAUGGCAGAGCUUGCAAUGCGACUGAAUCUUACAGCAGCACAGCUGGGCCAGCUGGAGGGUGUGUUGCAAGCCCGUGGAGAUGAGGGAUGUGGGGUCUGUGGUGGUGUCCAAGAAGAAUUGGGCCGCCUUCGGGAUGGUGUGGAGCGCUGCUCCUGCCCCCUAUUACCUCCACGGGGCCCUGGGGCUGGUCCAGGUGUUGGGGGACCAAGUAGGGGGCCUUUGGAUGGCUUCAGCGUGUUCGGAGGCAGCUCAGGCUCAGCCCUCCAGUCCCUACAAGGAGAGCUCUCUGAGGUCAUUCUCACCUUCAGCUCUCUCAAUGACUCACUGCAUGAACUCCAGACCACAGUGGAGGGCCAGGGUGCUGAUCUGGCUGACCUGGGGGCCACUAAGGACAGCAUUAUCUCUGAGAUUAACAGGCUGCAGCAAGAGGCCACAGAGCAUGCUACUGAGAGUGAAGAACGUUUCCGAAUCCUGGAGGAGGGCCAGGCACAGGCAGGCCAAUGUCCUAGCCUAGAGGGGCGAUUGGGCCGUCUUGAGGGAGUCUGUGAGCGGUUGGACACUGUGGCUGGAGGACUGCAAGUCCUCCGUGAAGGUCUUUCCAGACACGUGGCUGGACUUUGGGCUGGGCUUCGGGAAGCCAACAGCACCAGCCUGACACAGGCAGCCUUGCUGGAGAAGUUACUAAGUGGACAGGCUGGCCUGGGCAGACGGCUUGGUGCCCUCAACAGUUCCCUGCUGCUCCUGGAAGACCAUUUACAGCAGCUCAGCCUUCGGGAUUUCACUGGGCCUUCAGGUGAGGCUGGGCCUCCUGGGCCUCCUGGGAUACAGGGGCCACCAGGUCCUGCAGGACCUCCAGGACCUCCAGGCCAAGAGGGACAAAAGGGGCCCAUUGGACUACCAGGUCCCCAAGGUGAACAGGGAGUGGAGGGAGCACCAGCAGUCUCUGUACCUCGGGUGGCAUUUUCAGCUGCAUUGAGUUUGCCCCGGUCAGAACCAGGCACAGUACCCUUUGACAGAGUGCUGCUCAACGAUGGAGGCUACUAUGACCCAGAGACAGGUGUGUUCACUGCGCCCCUGGCAGGACGCUACUUGCUGAGCGCAGUGCUGACAGGGCACCGACAUGAGAAAGUGGAGGCCGUGCUGUCGCGCUCCAACCUGGGUGUGGCCCGCAUAGACUCUGGAGGCUAUGAGCCCGAGGGCUUGGAGAAUAAGCCGGUGGCUGAGAGUCAGCCCAGCCCGGGCGCUCUGGGUGUCUUCAGCCUCAUCCUGCCGCUGCAGACUGGGGACACGGUCUGCAUUGACCUGGUCAUGGGGCAGCUGGCGCACUCGGAAGAGCCACUCACCAUCUUCAGCGGAGCCCUGCUGUACGGGGACCUGGAGCUUGAACAGGCGUAGUCCGUGCCUGCCGACUGCAAGAAUCGUCUAUUCGGGUCGCAGAGCCAGCUGGGUGGCUGGGGCGCGGUCCGGGCUCGCAGCCCACUACAGCAGCCAUCACACCGGCCCUGCCUCCACCUCUCCACAAGCGUCCACAGCAGUACCACGCGGGCUCUGGGAACUAGGCGUGCCCUCUUCCAGACUGUUAGCCUUACUGCCGACCCCUCCCCAACCCUUUCCAGAACUGGGAGUGGUGGUGGCGCCCAUCUUUAAUCAUAGCGCUGGGGAGGCUGAGGUGGCAGAAUCACCUUGAGUUCAAGGCCAGCCUGGGCUAGAGCGAGACGCUGGCCCAACAGAACAAGAACAAAACCAGUAACAGAACCCUCUCCAAAACCAGUGCUAUAGAAAAGGAGGCUGUCGCACUCCCGGCCCGGGAGCUCCCAAAGCUGGCUCCGGCCCGCGGCACUAUUCAGGAAUAAAAGACACUUGGUUGGUUUUUUUUAA